CUCUUUGAACUUUUGUGCCCGUUGGCUGAGCCCAUUUGAACCAUUACUGAGCUGUGAGGUUGGUGGUAGCUUUAUAAUCGUGGGUGACAGCUUUUAUCCCUACACGUGUCAGCAUCUCAUUCCACAGUCCCACGAUAUACCCACCACCCUGUCGGUGAAUCGACGACGCAGCAGACUGUUUUUAGAAAGUAAAUGUGAUGACACCGUUUUGCACUUUUGCAAAACAUAAUAUGCAUAUAUGCAUUGAUAUUGUAUUAGAAUAGAAUAAUACUGUUUAAGAUUCUUUAACGGAAGUGUGAAGGCUUCCAGCAAUCGUAACUGUGAAGUCACGACAAAGCCUAGUGACGCUAACUCAGCAGUUCCGUUAUUCCACGUCACUCAAAAAAAGAAAAGGGAAGGGAUGGCAUGACAAAACGACGCCGUUGCGGUCUAUGGCAAUUUCAUAAUUUAAUAGGUUGUGUCUCUCAAGUCUCACCCCGCUGAUUCUCACAUCUUCCAGUCCUCUUUGCUUCGCAUCCGUGCCUAAUCAUAAUUGGGGAACCGGUUUCUCUUCAAUUAUUCCCCAAUUAUUCGCUCCGGGUCGUCGUCUAGGGCUUGAAUCUCCUAGAUUAUGUGCGGGUCAUGAACUAUUGCUGUUCCUCUUCUAGGGUUUCAAUCCUUGUGAUUCUCUACGGUUCAUGAAUCAUUGUCGUUGAGAUUCUACGGAUUCUGGUGGUUCUAGGGUUUCUCGAUGACUUUUGAGGGUGGUGAUGACGACGGAGGCGUGGUGCCGGAGCUGACGCUGAGAAUGGGGGAUUACGUGAAGCUGAGGCAACCGGCGGAAUGCGAGGAGGAGGGAUUUGGGGAUGUGGAACCUUCUACGCCUAGAAGAAGAGGGUUAAUAUGGUGGUGGGCUAAGGUUGCUUUAUUGUGCGUCGUUUUGGGGGUUUUGGCUGGUGUUUUUCUCAAAUGGGUCGGACCCUUCUUCAUGGAUAAGGAGCUUAUGCCUAUCAUAAACUGGGAGACAACAACAUUCAGCACUCCUGUACUGGCACUUGUUAUAUUCGGUUCUGUGGCUUUAUUCCCAACACUACUUUUGCCCUCUACACCUUCCAUGUGGGUGGCUGGGAUGACUUUUGGUUAUGGUCUUGGGUUCCUACUAAUUAUAGCGGGGGUGGCUGUGGGUGUAUCACUUCCAUAUAUUAUUGGUUCCCUCUUCCAUCAUAAAAUCCAAGGAUGGUUAGAAAAAUAUCCAAAGAAAGCUUCCAUUAUAAGACUGGCUGGUGAAGGAAAUUGGUUUCAUCAGUUCCGAGCUGUCACAUUAAUUAGGGUUUCACCAUUCCCUUAUAUUUUAUUCAAUUACUGUUCUGUGGCAACAAAUGUUAAGUAUGGUCCUUACAUCAUGGGGUCGUUGAUUGGAGUUGUGCCAGAAAUUUUUGUUGCAAUAUAUACAGGGAUCCUGAUAAGAGCUCUGGCUGAUGCAUCACACGAACAGCACUCCCUUUCUGCCUCACAGGUUAUCCUGAAUGUAGUUGGUUUUUGUGCAACUGUGGCUACAACAAUAUUUUUCACGGUUUAUUCAAAAAGGCAGCUCAAGGCAUUACAGAAGGAAGAAGAGCUGUUACUGGAGUAAGCUUUUUCUUCUGUCUGGGUUUUGGGAAAAUUAUCUGUCAGCAAAGCCAGGUCAGAGCUUCAUCUCUGAAGACCAUCCAUGGCUGGAUGAGGUUUUAUUUUCUACACUUCAUCCAUGGGCAAUUGAUGUACAGUGAGAUGGUGCUAUUUAAACACUGUUUGGAAGGGAGGAAGGAAGAAUCAAGACCCACAACAGCUAACAUGAUUGACAUUUAUUAAACCAGCAGAUUCUUUUAAAGUAAAAAAGGAUGUCUUCUUUGUUGUCUUAGUCUACUCCCCGUUUGUCUCUCCCUCUCAUAGAGAGAACUGUUGUUUGUAUAGGAUGGAAACUUCUUUGGAAGGUUAAAUUGGAACCUAGCAAAAUUCUUGAACUGUGAAUCAAUACAACAUUGCCGUUCCUGUCUUGUCGAUAA